GGCGAGGGGUGACCUAGUCAUACAUAGCGGUUGAUCCUACGUAAAUUGUAUAUAUACUAAAUGAUUACGAAAUAAAAAUGAUAAGUUGGUACAUAUUUCUGUAUAUUAAUAUAUUAUGAUGUGAUUUUAUCUUUCCAAUACCUCGACAAAAAUACGUUUUUCCUACGAAAUCUCAGUUUUCUUUAUUCGACGACGGUAAAUUUUCGCUUUAUUGAACGUGCCCGCCCAAAAUCCAAAUCAACUUCCAUUUAACGGUGUGUGUAAAAGCGGUUUCCGGAACUUCGACUGAGGUACUGUUUUACGGUACUACUCACCGGUUUGGUUUAUCAAUUCUCCUUGGAUUAUACAAAAAAACAAUGAACAAAAAAAAAGAUAGAUGGGAUAUUUGCCGUACCUGUGGUAACUCGGGGGAUAUUGAAAUAUUUGGUCGUGAUGGAGUGACUUUACAACUAGAAGAAAAAAUCAAUUCUUAUCUUCCUAUUACAGUUUCUAGGAAUGAUAAUUUACCACUCAAAUUAUGUAAUGUGUGUGUUAACCGAUUAGAAAAUUGUCAUUGCUUAAUUGUAUCAACUAUUGAGAUGAGUAAAACAUUAGAAGAAGUUUUGAAAAAAAAGCAAAUAAAAAAUAAUUCCUAUACCUUUGUAAACAUAGAACAUAAUGAAGAUGAAAAUAUGGAAGAUAUUGAUCAAGAAAAUGUACAAUCCACGGGAAUUAUGGAUAUAAAUUCUGCUGAUGAAGAUGAUUGUGGAGGAAUUGUUACAGUUAAAGAAGAAUAUUUAGAAUAUGAACCUGUAGAUGUUGUUAAUAUUGGUAAUGAUGAACUAUAUGAUGAUGAAAAUGAGUUGGAUAUGGAUAAAAGUUUAGAGGAAGAUGAUGGUGAGGAGAAUGGUAAAUUUCAAUGUUCCAAGUGCCAGCGUGUUUUUGAUUCGGAAACCAAAAUGCGUCGUCACAUAUUCAUUCAACAUAAUCCCACUGAACUGGAAUGCUUCCAUUGUUUUGCUAAAUAUGAAUCUAUGUUGCAUUUUGAGCGUCAUGUUGCUACACACUUCACUCGAAAUGAAUAUCUUUGUGACUUUUGCCCUACUAUGUUUAAUCGGGUGUCUGGACUACUUGAUCAUUUAGCCAAACAUAAAAUUGAUCGUCAAAGAUUUACUUGUUUAGAAUGUGGAAAAGUGUUGGCAAACAGACUUUCUUUUUCUAUUCAUCAACGUACUCAUACUGGUGAAAAACCUCAUGCAUGCAAAUAUUGUGACAGAACAUUUUCUCAGAUUUCAUCAAAACAGUAUCACGAACGGACGCAUACAGGAGAGACCACUCAUCACUGCGAAUUUUGUGGCAAAGGAUUCAAUUCAAAAUUGACACGUGACACUCACAGGCGUAUUCAUACAGGCGAACGUCCAUUUGGAUGUAAGCAGUGUAAUGCUACGUUUCGUUGCCUUGCAAACUUACGCCAGCAUGAAAUGGUACAUGCACCAGUGAAGCCAUUCCAAUGUGAGAUCUGCUUAAAGCGCUUUGGGCGACCCGAAAAAGUGCGUGUUCACAUGCGUACACACACCGGUGAAAGACCCUAUAAAUGUCCAAUUUGCGGACGUGGUUUUACACAAAAGAAUGAUAUGCUCAAGCACACCAAUGUUCAUAAUAAGCCUCCCCGACGGACCAAUUCACAAAUGAAGAAUUCCGAAAUAGUGAUUUCCAUUGAUAAUAAAUCGCCACAGUAUAAAAAUGUAAGUAUAAAAGAACUACAAGAAAUGUGUUAUGAUGUCUCCAACAGUUAUGAAAGCUCAGAAAACGGAAACGAAACAGAAAGUAGUUCAAUGCUUUGAUGAAACUUCAAUCGAUUUAAUCGAAUGUCGCGUAUAAAUUACCACGGAAAAAAUGUUUUGUUAAUUUAUUAAGUCUUAGACUAUUGUUAAAUUCAUUAUACUUAUUACUAAAUAGAAUUAUUAUAAAAUUAUUUUUUUACAAUACAUGUACAAUGUACAUAUUGCUAAUUGUCAAACAUGAUACAAAUUAAUAUUAAUAUGAUAUACUAUUAAUUAUUGUUGUUUCAUUUUAACUAUACAUAAUGCAAACUAUGUAUAAUGUGUUAUACACUUGAAUAUUAUGGUGUUAUUAAUGUUAUAUAUUCAUAUUCAUUGAGUGAAAACUGAUAGUUUGAAACUUUGAAUAUAUUAUUUUAAGGCUGUGUCCUAGUACUCUAUUAUUAUGUGUAAUUAUAUUAAUAAAUUAAAUUUUGCAACUA